AGAUCAAACAUGAAUUUGACAUUUCUCGCUGCAACAGUCGCACUUUUGGCUGCGAUCUGCGACUGCGGUUCCCCCGGCAGCUUGCCUUCAUUCAUCCUGCCGUUAAGCGACUGCGUUCAGAGCCACGGGAGAGACGGUUUCUACCGAGGAGCGAUAGACAUCACCGAGUCCGGCGCCCGGUGCAUGAACUGGACCGACGUGGCCGGCUUCAGGGAGCGCUACCCGGGGAAAGGGAUCGGAGAACACAAUCACUGUCGCAACCCGGACGGCAGGAUCCGACCCUGGUGCUUUUUCAGAAACAACAGGGGCAGAGUGGACUGGGGUUACUGUGACUGUAAACAAGGUUCAGUGCGUCUGCAAGGAGGCCGCUCCAAGCUUGAUGGCAGGGUGGAAAUCUAUCUGUCAGGAGUGUGGGGGUCUAUCUGUGGAGAUGACUGGAGUGACAAAGAUGCUGCAGUGGUUUGCAGACAGCUGGGCAAGGGAAUCUCAGGUCGUGCACGUGCCGUUGCCCUGGUUCGUUCAGGUAUUGCCAAACUCCACUGGAGGGCGGUCCAUUGCCAGGGAGAGGAGUCAGACCUGCUUCAGUGCCCCAAAACUACCUGGAAUGGAGGAGAGUGCUCCUUUGCUGCCACUGUCACCUGCACUCAACAGCAAGUAGCAACGCUCCCUAUUCGACUGGUGGGAGGUCGAUCGAAGUCAGAGGGCACAGUAGAGGUUUUCCAUGCGGGGCAGUGGGGCUCCAUAUGUGACGACCAAUGGGACAACAGCGAUGCAGAGGUUGUGUGUCGCCAGCUGGGGCUGAGUGGAGUAGCAAGGGCAUGGGGCCAAGCACAUUUUGGGAAGGGAUCAGGCCGUGUGUGGCUGGACGAGGUGCGUUGCACUGGCAAUGAGCUCACUCUGGAGCAGUGUCCAAAAAGCGCUUGGGGGGAACACAACUGUCUGCACACUGAGGAUGCAGGAGUAUCCUGUCAUGCUCUUACAGAUGGUACUGUUCGGUUGGUAGGUGGCACAGGGAGCCACGAGGGACGUUUAGAAGUUUUGUACCGUGGUCAGUGGGGGACAGUGUGUGACGAUGGCUGGACAGACUCUAACACUAAAGUGGUGUGUGGACAACUCGGUUACAGAUUAGGGGAAACUCUGCCUUCUGAAGGACUAGACAUCACCCCAGUCCCACGCUUUGGGGUGGGUUCAGGUCCUAUUCUUUUGGAUGAUGUGAGCUGCACAGGGAAAGAGUCAAGCUUGCUGCUGUGCAACAAGAGGGAAUGGCUCCGUCAUGACUGCACACACCAUGAAGAUGUUAAUAUCGCAUGCAGCCCCGUGCACAGUGGAGAGAGUCUUCCGACUAGUGUGCCAAUAAGGCUUGUGGGAGGAGAAAGGUCCACAGAAGGCCGAGUGGAGCUCUAUCUGUCCGGGCAGUGGGGGACUGUGUGCGAUGAUGGAUGGACAGAUCGUGGCGCUGAGGUGGUGUGCCGACAGUUGGGCCACAGUGGAUCAGCAAAGGCCCGGGUGAUGGCAUACUUUGGGGAAGGAACAGGCCCCAUCCAUGUGGACAAUGUGAAGUGCAGUGGUGAGGAGCGUUCAAUAGCAGAGUGCAUCAAACAAGCACCCGGUACACAUAACUGUCGCCACAGUGAGGACGCCGGGGUCAUCUGUGACUAUGGUGAAUCUCAGCCCAGCAACAAAGACGUCAAAGAUCCUGUCAGCUCAAUUUGUGGUCUGCGGCUCAUACACACUCGCCAGCGCAGGAUCAUAGGAGGAGAAAACUCUCUGAGGGGUGGCUGGCCAUGGCAGGCUGCGAUUCGUUUGCGUGGCUCUCGAGGGGAUGGGAGGCUGGUGUGUGGAGCAACUCUUAUUGACUCCUGCUGGGUCCUCACCUCAGCACAUUGCUUCAAAAGAUAUGGAAACAGCACCAAGCAGUACAAAGUCAGAGUGGGAGACUACCACUCCCUUGUCCCUGAGGAAUAUGAAGAGGAAUAUGGCGUUGAUCAAAUUGUCCUCCAUCCAAGCUACCACUCCCAUAGCAAUGAUAACGACCUGGCCAUGGUUCGUCUAUCACCGGGGGCAAUGGGACAGUUUCCAGGAGAGUGUGUGUCAUUCAGUCGUCACGUCCUUCCCGCUUGUCUGCCUAUGAGGAAAGAGAGGGUGCUCAAACAAGCCAGCAACUGCCACAUUACUGGCUGGGGUGACACAGGUCGUUCAUACUCCAAGACCCUACAGCAGGCCCGGCUCUCAAUGCUGCCCCGACGUUAUUGUCAGGAGCAUUUCCAUGGUGCGUUCACAAACCGCAUGCUCUGCGCUGGUAGCACUCAGUCUGAGAGGCGCGUGGACAGUUGCCGUGGUGACAGCGGAGGUCCACUGGUUUGUGAGCGUCCAGGUGGGGGCUGGGUGGUUUAUGGGGUCACAUCCUGGGGUCAUGCUUGCCGGACACAACAGUCACCUGGUGUCUACACCAAAGUGUCUGCUUUCAGCGCUUGGAUACACAAGGUGAUAGGACGUACUGAGAAAAAGCCAUGAAAGACAAAUAUCAAACAACUGACCCCUUUGAGAAGGAAUGUUGACUUUUCGAGACCUCAAAUUUUAAAUGAAAAUUACAAGAGGGCAAUGUUGGAGGGUUUUUUUUCUCUCUUGUAUUACAUUUUUUUCCCUUAGUCAUGUCAUUAGCACUUAUUUUAAUGAUCUCAUUGGGUGCAAGAGUUUUAACAGUAUUAAACCUCAGUUGGAGAAUGUCAUAAAUAUCUUUUUGUUGUUUCACAUCAGAUGUAUUCUGUGUAAUUUAUGAAACGUGUGAGCACAAAUGUUGAAAAGGGACCAUGUACAUACAGGUAUACCAGCAUGUUUUCAUGCAUGCAUGCUAAGUAAAGUAAUGGAAUGAAUUUGCAAACUUGCACGAAGAACCUUUCACUUUACUCCGCUGUGCUUUUGUUUAACAUUGAAUUGUGUAAUAAGGAGGUUGCUGGUCCAAGUAAUUACUCAGGCAUUGUCAUUUAUAUCCAGUCAGUAUUUGUGCUUUUUGUCAGUGCUGCUUCACAUUUGAAAAGACAGGAAUAUUGUGUCUCUUAGUCAUAGAAAGCUUAGUGUAGAUCUGUUGACGGUAAUUUUGUUACAUGUGUUGUCAUAGUUCUGACGUCGUCAAAAGAAGACAAUCUGGUACACUUGAAAAACACAAAAGCAUAAACUGCACUGCCUCCUUGUGUGAUGUUUACUGACUGUGUUAUAAUACUGUAAACUUUCUACAUACCAUUUUCUAUAUAAAAGUUGACAUUUGUUGAAAUGGGUGUUACAAAGAGCAUAAUCUGUUUCUGUAAACCUUUUAAAGUUGACAGCAGUCAGAACAGCAGAGUUCUGUUGGUUUCAAAACUGUCAGCACCACUGUGUUAAACAAGUGCGUACAUAGUUUCACUGGUAUAUCAAAUGGGUCCAUUGGAAUGGCAGCCAUUUUAAAGGUUGUUCUCACAAAACCAAAAAAGAAGAAGAAAAAAACCCCGCAGGAAAUGGGACCGGCUGUUUCAUUGUGAAGCUUUAAGAAAACAAAUACAUAUUCUACUGGCAUUUAAAAUGUUUAAUUUUGAAGUAUAAUGUGUUUCAAUAACAUGUCAAAUGCAAUUGUUUUGUUGUUCUUUACUGUAUUGUUAUAUAUUUUCUGGAUUGAUAUAUUUUUUUGCUUUUAUCUCAAAAGUCAUUUAUGUAUUUAUGGCAUAGUCUACAAACAUAGUCUCUGCAUAUGGUUGCAGUAUGUAUUCUUGUACCUCAACCAACAUUUGCAUUUAUUCAGGAUUUGUAUCUCAAUGUGUUAAGAUGAUAAUAUUUGAAUGCAUUGUCAACUAAGGGAUUUUAGUUAGUAGUAUCUGAUGUAAAUGUGUUAUUAAUUAUGGAACAAUCUGAAAUAGCAUACAUUUUACUUAGACUUCUGAACCUGCGCUCCUUUUUUUUGUUCAUUAUAAAGCUGAAGGCACAACAUGCUGUAUUUGGAUCUGUAAGUAUAAAGUGACACAUUCUAUUAUGUUUUCUUCUACUAAAUGGGUGUCCUUAUUGUCAAGCAGCACCCCCUUGUGGCCAUUGCUACAAAUUACAAAAUGUGGGGUACAACCAGCUCUUAAAAGUAUGUUUGUGUGGGUUAUUAAGUGCUUUGUAUGUGAGGAGGAGGAAGUUAAAUUCAGUUCUGGACUGUACAUGGAGCCAGUGGAGAGACACUGAGGUGAUAUGAUCUUUCCUUAUAAUUUCUUUCAGAAACUGGAUGGUUUUAACAGACCUGUUGCAACAUCCAAAUGGUACAGAAUUACAGUAGUACAAUUUAGAUGUAAGAACUGUUUUGUUGAUAGAAGAAGGAGUUUUGUUUUAUAUGUGAUUCAUCUGCU